AUGCUCUACAAACUCUCCAGACACUCCAAGUCGAGGGCCAACCUCAACACCCUCAUCCAGUCGGCCAACAUGACUACCACCUCCACGACGCAGGCUCCUAUUGCCCAGAGCGUAGGCAGUCUCGCUGCGGCCACGUCCUCGACGAAGGCUCAUCCUCCUGCACACCACAAGCCCAAACACAACCUUCCCGCCGCCCACGUCCCCAACAGAGCCGCCCAUUUCGACACGUCCCUCUCCAUCCCAGUCCGCAAAUAUCUCCAAACCUAUGGUCUAACUCCUCCUCGCGCCGAGAGCUAUGAGACGCAAAAGAAGAGAUGUCUGGCUCAACUGGCAUCGAAAACCACAGAUAUCGAAAGGUUUCUGUACUUGAGCACUCUGAGAUACAACAACGUCCACCUGUUUUACAGACUGCUUACGGACCAUUUCACCGAGUUGACCCCCUUGGUCUACACUCCUGUUGUCGGGGAGGCCUGUCAGAGAUGGUCAGAGAUCUACCAACAGCCAGAAGGCAUGUACCUCAGCUUCGAAGACAAGGGACAUAUUUCCGCCAUUAUCCAAAACUGGCCCCAAAAGAACGUGGAGAUCACCGUUGUCACGGACGGAUCCAGGAUCCUUGGUCUGGGUGACCUUGGAGUCGGUGGCAUGGGUAUUCCCAUUGGCAAGUUGGCUCUGUAUACUGGCUGUGCCGGUAUCAGACCCGAGGGAACCCUACCCUUGACCAUUGACCUGGGAACCAGCAACAAGGCUCUUCAAGAAGACCCGCUCUACAUGGGUAGCCGCAGAGACAAAGUCACACAACAAGAGGAAAUCGAAUUCCUAGACGAACUGAUGGUGGCGUUGAAAGAACGUUGGCCUGACAUUGUGAUACAGUUCGAGGAUUGGAAGAAUCCCUUCCCAUCGCUCGAACGCUAUCGAGAAGACUACGCCAUGUUCAAUGACGACAUCCAAGGGACCGGUGCUGUCAUCAUGGGCGGCGUAAUUGGGGCGGUGAAGCAGUCAGGCGUUGCUGCCAAGGAUCACAGAGCCGUCUUCCUGGGAUCUGGCUCUGCUGGCGUGGGUGUUGCCAAGCAGAUUGUUGACUACUUCGUCCAUGAAGGCAUGACUGAAGACGAGGCCAAGUCGUGCUUCUGGCUCGUCGACAGUAAAGGUCUCGUCACGCAAGAUCGAGGUGACAAGCUUGCCGAACACAAGAUUUACUUCUCGAGAACAGACAACAAUGGGCAGCAGUUCAAGAACCUGGACGAGGUCAUCGAGUAUGUCAAGCCCACCAUCAUCAUGGGUCUCAGCACUAUCGGAGGCGCCUUCACUCCUGAGAUUUUACAAAAGAUGGCCAAGUGGAAUGAAAGACCUAUCAUCUUCCCACUUUCCAAUCCGUCAUCCAAGUCCGAGUGCACGUUCGAGGAAGCCAUUGUCAACACCGAAGGUCGUGCUCUGUUUGCAUCAGGCUCGCCCUUCCAGCCGUUCACGUACAACGGUCAGACGUACCAUCCCGGUCAGGGAAACAACAUGUACGUUUUCCCGGGCAUUGGUCUGGGUACGAUUCUCUCCAAGUCGGUCCAAGUGACUUCGCGCAUGAUCUAUGCUUCUGGUGAAGCAUUACCAACUAUGAUCACGGAGGAAGAGAAGCAACUUGCCCUCUUGUAUCCUUCCGUCACCCGUAUUCGUGAUGUCAGUGCCCGCGUAGCACUAUAUGUCAUUCGCGCCGCGCAGAAGGACAAUGUCGACCGUGUACACCAUUUGCGAGACAUGGAUGAUCAAACUUUGGAAGCCUGGAUCAAGGAUAAGAUGUAUGAUCCCCACAAGGAGACGCAAGGUCUGGAGGAUGAGGUGCGCGAGCUUGUUGAAGACUUCUCUGCAGUUCCACGGCUGUAG